AUGGAUGCAAAUAUCACUACCUUCUUGGAUGAUGAAGAGAUUGAAACAGGGGAAGAUCUGAAACCAGAAUUGGAGAGUGCUAUUAAAGCAUCCAGGGCUUCUUUUAUUGUGCUGUCUAAGAAUUAUGCUACUUCGACAUGGUGUCUUGAUGAAUUGGUGCUAAUUCUUAAGCAACGCAUGACAUCCAACCAUAUUGUUAUCCCUAUAUUUUAUCAUGUUGAACCCACCCAUGUCAAGAAGCAGCAAAGUAGCUUUGAAGAUGUAAUGGCUAAGCAUAAACAGAUGAUGGAGGCAGAGACAAAUGAAAAUAAAAGAAGUAAAUGGGCUCAAAAGAUAAAGUGGUGGAAUAAUGCGCUGAUUGAUGUUGCCGAUCUAAAAGGGAAAGUCGUAAAUGACAGUCGAUAUUAUCUUCUCCCUAAGCAUUUCAAUAAGUUUUUCUUCAUCAUCCAAUAG